GAGGCUUGUGCUUUAAGCAAUAACAAUGAAGUAGACGUUUUAAUCAAGUAUUAAUGCUCUGGCAGUCUGAGAGGAAUGAAGCUGUCAUCAAAUCUUUAUAGCUAUAUAUGCAUGUGAAUAUAAUCAUCUUCGUCAUGGUAUGAAGUUCUUAGACUUGCAUAUUUUGGGUUCGUGCGCUCUUUAAGCUCUGUAGUGCUGCUGAAAACUCCCGAUCCUCGAAGUUGUUUUCUCGUGACUUUGUCUUUUUGCAUCAUUGUAUUGCAGGAGUUGGCAAUAUAGACAUGGGCAACGAGAUGGGUAACAAUAACACAUCUGGUUUAAAAGAAGAAGACAACACAAAUGCUAUAGAUUCAAAACACUUGUUACUAGAAGCUGAUGAUGCAGAUGCUGUUAAAGUGGAAAAUCAAACAGUUCCAACCUCUCCAGCCAAAGAUUUUUACGAAAAAGUUGCAGGGCUGUCUUCUGAUGAACCAACAGGACCAAAAGAUCCUCAUAUUGAAAAUGAAACAUCUGGUGGAAGAGAGCAAGAAGAAAACGAAGGCCAUCCUCACACUGAACUUUCAAAAACAGUAAUGAAAUCAAUUGACCCAAGCGAUGAAGACAGUGAGUUCAGACCAACUUCUUCGCAGAAAAAUUCUGAAGUUCAUGAGAAGACAAUAGGGCCAAAUUUGGAUGAUAAUCAAUUGGUAACAAGUGACAUUCAGCUUCAGAAGCAAGCUUUCCCAAAUGAAGGUUCGCAUUUGGUCCAUAGUCCAUUUUGCUUUAAGAACUCUAAUUCCAAUCCACAGACUUUCACUCAGCAUUUUUCUUCUGUAGAGCAAGAAAAAAGUGUUGUUCAAACUCCCACUGAAUCUUUAAGAUCAGUGGUAGACUCAAUUGAAGCAAGCGGUGAAGAUGGUGAAAUCAAACCAGCUUCACCAAAUGAUUCAGAAGUUCACGAAAAGCCGUCAGAUUCAUAUUUGGCUGAGAAUCUAUUGGGAACAUAUGACCAUCAGCUUGAGAAGCAGGCUUCCACCUGUGAAGAUGAUCCAGAACCUCGACGAUCUUCAGAUUUAAAGUCCGAUCAACAUGAACUGGAUCAAGUCAAUGCUAACCUUUCUGAAGAAGAUGGCAGUGGAUUGCUGCAAGGAAGCGAGGAUAUUCUAGGACCAAGCGUAAAAUGUGCUAAUGAGGAGAAUGGUCACCUUUUAAAUGCUGACAUAUCAAACAAUCUUGGUGUCAGUUCUAGUGCGGAAAAUAAAAGGAGUGACUCGUUAGUAAAAGAAACAACAUUCAAAGAAGAAAAGCUGUCAGGCGAAGAGAAAAAUGAGAUUAUAAUCGGAAAUGGGGUACGGUUUGAUUUGAGCAAUCUGACAACAACGACCUCAGACCCCCCAAGAAUUAUUAGGAAUACUUGCAAUGGGGAGUUAUCUACUGAGGCUGAUUCAAUUAGGAAUGAUUCCUUGAAUUCAGAACUUGAAAAUGUUGCGCUGGAUAAGCUAUUAAACUCACAUCAAGAAGUUUCUGAACCUGAGGACAAAUGGAUGAUUCUUACUAGAGAAGCCAAAAUAGUAGGAAGUGGAUCAGAAAUUGAAGAGGUGUCACAUGAGUCCAAUCUAGGUCCGUUAUGUGAAAACCCAGAGAAAGAACUAAAGACUGAUGAGGCAAAUGAUACCCAAUCAGAGUUCAGGAAGAUUGAGUCUAAAAACGAGGAGUGCGAAAUGAGAAGUCCGCUUGACAUUUCUACUGAUAUUAGCAGUAUCAAACACUGUGGAAUUGAGGAGGAAAAGACUGCUGAGAAUGCUUACAACGUCGAAGUAGUUGUUAGAAACCAGAAUAGCACUUUUGAGGGAGGCCACAAGAACUCAGAAGGAGAGCUUCUGGUGGUUUCGGAGGGAUUGGUUCCUGUUCCAGCAGAGUUGAUUUUCACAGAUCGCAGAAGUGAAGAUGAGCAAGCAGAGGAGAAGAAAAUUCUGGAAAAAAUAGACGACAAAGCAGACGCUUCAUUUGCCACUGUAAAGGAUACAUGCGAAAGUGAAACCGCAAAGCAAUGCAUGUCUCAAGCCCCUCUGAUUGACCAGGAAGAAGAGUUUCUCUUACAGUCUCCUGCUUUUACAAUCCAGUCUCAUGAUCACAAUUGGCCUAGUACAGUGGCACCUGAAACUACUCAAAGCACCUAUGAGCCAAAUCCUGAACUGAGGCAGGAAAGCUGCAAUGAACUCUUUGUAGCCCACUUUUCCACUUUCAAUUCCACGAGAUUUACAGCAGAAAAUUUUGUCUCUGCACUUAAGGAAAGUUGCGGAGAACUAUCACAAUGCGAAGAAACAACUCCAGAGACAGUGACAGAAACUACAACUUUGGCAAGCUUGUCCAGUGUACAAGGUAUAAAAACUGAAGGAUCUGCGCUUGUAAAUGGCAGUACUGGCGGAAGGGAAAGUGGGGGAAGGCUUAGCACUGAAUCAAAUCCCGAUUACAUGAACACCCCCCACGUUCAGAUGCGAAAAUCCCCAAGUUUUGAUCUUGAUCUCCGAAUUGAUCAAGCAAGAGGGGAAGAGUCGGAUCAAACCCCACUAUUGUUUCAGGAAAAGGAUACCACGGAGAGUUCAUCGUGCCAGGCUGAUGUUAAUAUUGGAAACUCAGCUGAGUAUGUUGGGUACAAUAAAGACGUGUUACAGUAUGAAUCAAUGGCCGUGGAGGAGAAAGUCACCAAAUUGGAAAGAAGGGAGUCUGAGAAGUCGCGAACUCCAUUCCUAGGCUUCUUGAAAGAAGAGGAAGAAGCUCAAAUUGUGGUAACACCACAGAAACAAGAAAACCUUGCUGCUGCCGAGAAGGCAACCAGAGAAUUGUGUGACUCAUCUACCAAGGAAGCAGCAUCUGCAUCAACUCUACAUAAAGGUAAAGAGAAGCGCAAACCAAGGUCUUCCUUCUUUGGCAACUGCAUGUGCUGUGCAACUGCGAUUAAUUAAACAUCCUUAAGAAAUUAAUCACUUACUGGUUCUUUUCAUUAAUUUCUUUUUCUGAUUUGUUGGGGUUGGAUUUUCUUUCUGAUUCAAGCUUUCGAAAAAAUGGAGUUUUGAGUCUUUGACCCGCAGACACUGUUGUUCGUUUGUAUAUUGGGAUAAACCAGCAAAGAGUGAGCUCGAGUCCAUCGUUUGUAUUCAUUUUAAUUUUUUUCCACCAUUCCCUUCAUAUACACAGACUCAAAAUAGUGUGAUGUAUGGUGUAAUUAUUUUCAUUUUUUUAUUUUUUAAUUUAU